AAUCUGCAUUCAUUUUCUGGUGGCUCAUCAAUGCGCCGAAGCUACCCUAUAUUGACUUGAAUCAAGAUAAUGGCAGUGUCCAGCUCCCUGGAGUAUAAACCAACAUGGGUGGUUGCAGCGGUCUGUUUUGUCAUUAUUCUUCUAUCUCUUUUCGCUGAACGUGGCCUUAAUCACCUUGGAAAGUGGUUGAGGCGUAACAAACAAGAUGCACUGUUUGAAGCAUUACAAAAACUAAAAGCAGAAUUGAUGCUAUUCGGAUUCAUUUCCCUUCUAUUAAAUGUCUUUCAAGGUCUAAUAAGUCAAAUCUGCAUCCCAACUCACUUGGAAUCUAGUAUGCUUCCAUGCAAGAAGCAUGUUGAAAGCAAAAGUCACAAAGAAUUUUCUUCUCUACCUGUCAAUGAACGUCUCCUGUUUUCUGCAGAUAGUAGUUCAGAGCAUUGUUCACGUGAGGUACGUUACCAUGCUUAAAGAAGUUGUUUAUUUUUUCAGCACCCUGCUGGUGCUGGCUAAUGAA